AUGGCUCAUCUUACACCGUACAUUCCAUGCAUUCAUUUUCGAGCUGAUUGCAAAAUGCAAUCUUUACAGGGACGUUUUGUUGGAGUCCUGAUGUCCUUGGGAGCAUGUGUAUACGCCAAGGGCGAUCUGGAUACUACCUGCUCAGAGUCUCGUGUUUCAGCGAGAGGCAACGCAUUGAUGCAGCUCGAUCGUUAUGGGCGUACAGUCUUCGGUCCUCAUGAAGAGCGUGUUGCAGUGGCUUCUUUCAUUACACCAGAAGAUGCAUUUGCCUUGAAGCGACGCUUGUCUCAGAAUGCCACUGUGUUCCAUGCGGAUGACGUGCCAGCUCUGGAGGAGGCGAAUGCGCAACUGUUACUGCAACCAUUGGUGAAACAAGUUCCUUCAAUGAUUGUGCAUGUCGCCACUGCAGACGACCUGCUGGAAGUCCUGCGUUUUUGUUUCCCACGACGUCUGCGCCCUGUGAUUGUUGCAACGGGGCACGACUGGAAUGGCAGAUCUUCUGGUGCUGGCGCAGUACGCAUCGCUACUCCAAAAUUGUGCUGGGUUCAUGCAGAAGGUGACAGUGCGCGUGUAGGUGCCGGAUGUACAUGGGGACACAUUUGGAAGGAAUUAGAGCCACUGGGACACAUCGGCGUGGGUGGCGCGCUGGGCACUGUUUCAAUAGGAGGCUCACUGCAGGGCGGAGGGCAUGGUGGCCUUUCACGGCAGCACGGUUUAAUUGCAGACCAGCUGCUUGCUGCGAAAGUUGCUCUUGCAAAUGGUUCAGGAGUUGUUUUGGCCGAUGCAGAUGGACCACAUGCUGAUCUUUUUCGGGCAUUGCGCGGAGGCGGUGGUGGCACCUACGGGGCCGUUGUUGAAUUCACCAUCCGCAUUCAUCCAUUUCCGAAAAACUAUUCUGUGUCCAUUGUGUCUGUGCCUGUGCGGAGUAAUGACAACAAGCCCGAUGCUCGGGCCAUGACGAAGCGCUUCUUCCACAAUGCCAGCGGGUGGGCGCAAGUUCCAGAUUCCUGGGCUGGAUGGCAUGAGGUGAACUCUGAUCAUGAUGGUGAGAAGUGGUCUGGGAGUCUGGCCGCUUGGCUCUUCCACUGGGGACAGCGGCCUGAGGAGGCAUGUCUGUCUCACGGUUGUCCGGUGGCAAUGUCAGAGUACUUCAACUUUGUCGGCCAAUGGCCAGUUGAGGGCAACUUGCACAUGCAGAUUCAGUCGUACAUGCCGACACGAAUCAAACCAUCUAUGCUGAAGAACUCCUUCCUGUCGAACUCUUUCGUUUCGCUGGCAGACUUGGAGGAUGAGGAGAAAGCAGGCAAUCUCACAGAUUUGGUCAUUGAUUCUGCGCUCAAGGCACUCGACCGAAAGGAGGUGAUACAUUGGACGUACAAUGACGUUCUAGGUGGCCAGGUACCUACACAUGGGCAGGACACCGUUAUUUCGCCUGGCUUCCGCACUGCAAUCUUUGAGGUGUGUGUUGGGAAGGAAUGGAAGGAAUCAGAUAAUGACCAGCAAAUCAGCCAAGUCGUUCCCAUCGUGGAUAGGCUCUAUGGUCUGGGAUUAGGCUCCGGCAUGUCCUAUUACAACGAGGUUACACGCUGGCGUGGUCUACAUGAUGUGGAUGACUGGAAGUACCGAUUCUGGGGAAAAGACACCUACAACUUUCUUCACAGAGUGAAGCGAACAUACGACCCCUGCAACAUCCUGUGGGUGGACCGUGGCGUGGGGUGUUGGAUCCUCGUCAUUUGCAAGACCUGUCUGGACAUGCAUACUGAGCAGACCAUUGCAGAGUUAAAGGAGGAACUGCAUGAAUCUGCUUUGCUGGGCGUAGAAGAGAAGCGUGCCAGUGCGACCAGCAGCGAGGGCGGUAUUCCUGGAGGUCUGAGGAAGAAAGCUAUGGCCGCGCAGUUUGACGAGGACCUCGACGAGUUCAUGCGUGAGAACGCACAGUUGAAAGAUCAGGUCUCACGUGCAGAAAGAUCAAAGCGGGAGUUGGAAGAGAAGCUGCGAGAACUGGAGAUGGCUAAGCCGAUCCCUUUAGCAAGCCCGCCCGCAGGCCAAGCAAAAGUUGGGCUGCAGGUUCAGCACAAGGCGAGGGAGAUCAACUGGGAGAAGGUGCGCGAGGAACUGAAACAAGAGGUUGAAGCAGAGAAGUUGCAAGUUGCUGCUCUGAAGGAAGACAUCAGAAAGUUUCGGAAGCAGGCUUCCAAAUCGGAAGAGAGGAUUUACCAUGAGCUCCAGGAAGAGAAGGCAUCUAGAAUUGGUGAGCUUCAAGAAGCACAGAGAAACCACGAGAAGGAAAUGAAACGCUUGCGGAAAGAUCUAGAGGCUGCGCGGUUCCAGCUCCUGGCGACAAACUUUCGGGCCUCGCCUAGCCUCGCACCACCUUCACCGGGAGGAGAACGGCUUAACAGCAUCCUGAGCGCUCGCAGCGACGACGAGCCCUCACCUUUUGACUUCGACACAGGUACUGGUGAUGCCAGCCUAGCUGAUGAGCUAGCUGGCCAUUUCCAGUGGCCUUUGGAUCAGGAAGCCUUGCACUUCCGACUCCCCGAAGAAGUUAACGAGCUCCGCAUCGAAUUGCGACAAAUGCAGACUUUGCAAGAAGGAAGUGCAGAAGUUGAAGCAGCUUUGUUCGCGGCAAAUGAGAGACUGACGGCUCAAGCUCAGGAAAUGCAUAUUCUUCACAGAGAAUAUGAAGGCUUUCAGGAAGAGUCUGCGCGUAGGACUCAAGAUUCUGCCAUGCCAGUCGAGGCUGCUGCAGCUCCGGAAUCGCUGCCAAUUAUAGAUGAUAGGCGCCUCGUGGAAGAAAUGCAAAGUGACGUUCGCAAGCACAAGCAGGAUGAGAUGUCCUCGCUGCAUGAAGCAGUGAACGAGAAGGAAGCUGAGCUGGAAGAACUGCAGCGUCAAAUGCUGCCAUAUGGUGGCACAAAGCAGAUCCUGCAGUCCGUCAAGGAGCUCAGUGUAGUCAAGGCGGAGCUUGAAUUUAUCAAGAAAGAAGCGAACGAUGCUCAGCAGUGGAAAGCGGAGGUGUCGGAAUUGAAAAGCCUUCAUAUGGGACAGGAAUCAAGCGUCCGGAGCAGGGACGACCUCACGCGGGAGUUCUCAGAAUUACAAAUGCAGACAGCUGCGCUGAGAGAGCGCCAUGCUACUAUGCUCUGCGAGCAAGCGGAGCUUUCGAGGACACAGUCGCAGAUGGCAGCUGCGGUCAACCAAGCCAAACCGGCACCAAAGCAGGACGGUUUCAGCUCGAUGCCAAAGGCACAGCAUCGAUUCGGUCGCGAGGAAGCCGAUGUGUUGAAAACACUGGCCGCUUUGCGCUUCGUCGACGCACACCUGUACCCGUGA